AUUGCUUUGGGGAAGUUUGUUGCUUUGUACAGAUGUGUGGGUGUGUGUGUGUCUCUGUGUGCUGGGUCGUGAUGUCAGGUAUAUUUCUUGCUAUUGCUUGUGAUCCAGAAAGUUCAAAGGCAGCAAGCUGGUGCCUAGACACCUGGGUUCUGGAUUCAGAUCCACCCCAACUAACUGUGUGAGUUUGAGCCUCCCUGCUUUAGCCUCUCUGGGCUUCAGGUUCUCAGAAAUGGCUUAGCAAUGCCAGCCCCACCUGACUCACAGGGACUUUGUGAGCCCAGAUGGGACUGACCUUUGAAACAGUGGCAAGGGUUCUAGAAGUCAGAUGCUAUGGUCCACACGGUUGCUGGAGUGAGGCGAUCUGGGGGGAAAUGGGGACUAAGGAAAAAUGCAUCCUGAUUUUUCCCCGUCCUCAGAAGGAAAAAUAAAGCACUUUCAGAAAAUGAAACAGUCUUGUUUAAAGCAUGCAGAGGUUUGGCCAACUGAAGGAAAAGGAAGCUGGGCCCUCGGGAAACUCCCCAGCUCUUGUGGGUUUGGGGCUCCGUGAGCAGCCCUGGCACCGUGAGUAACUGUCUGUGUGCGUGCCGGUGUGUGCCUCACGGAAGGGGGAGCGAGUUAGAUCAUUAUUUAUGUGCUAGCUGGAAUCCAGCAGUUAGGCACCUCUGUCUUCUGACUUGGGACAUGCACGAGACUCCUAGCUUAGUCAGAGAGGCCUUUCCUUCCUGUUGGGAGCUUAAUUUCUCUUGGUCGUUGAAGUCCUCAGAGGCCUCUAUGCUGAUUUGCGUUUACUAAAAGAUUUGCUUCCAGGCGUUGAAUCACUCUAUUGUUUUUCUCAAUUUCUUAGCUGGGUAAUAAAGUGUUAUUUUGAUUCUUUUCCCCAAUACCCUCCCAAACCAUGGACUGGACACAUGGCUGGUUUUCCUCAGUGGGCGUUGAAAACAUGGUUGACGUGCUAAAGCGUAGUCCAGGUCAAGGGGGUCAGUCCCGGACCAAGCCUGGUGGCCAUUGCUGCAGCAUCUGUAAGGACUGGAGCUUGGCUGAGCUGGCGGCUUGAGGGUGGUGGUUCCAGGAUGAUCAUGACAGUCAGCACGGCAUCAAGGAAAGUGUGGACCAAUCCGAGUUCCAGACCUGGCCUGCCGCAUCUCAGCUGCAGAGUCUUCAGCAGGGUCUUGCCCACCACCAGCGAUGCCUAGCCCUUGGUAGAUCUUGAACCACCUUCUAUAAACAGGAUGGCGGUGGAGAGACAGGCCCAGUCGCUGAGCCCAUGAGGAGUGUGGCCCCUUCAGGCCCAAAGAUGGGGAACAUCACUGCAGACAACUCCUCCAUGAGCUGUACCAUCGACCACACCAUCCACCAGACGCUGGCCCCGGUGGUCUAUGUUACCGUGCUGGUGGUAGGCUUCCCGGCCAACUGCCUGUCCCUCUACUUCGGCUACCUGCAGAUCAAGGCCCGGAACGAGCUGGGCGUGUACCUGUGCAACCUGACGGUGGCCGACCUCUUCUACAUCUGCUCACUGCCCUUCUGGCUGCAGUACGUGCUGCAGCACGACAACUGGUCUCACGGCGACCUGUCCUGUCAGGUGUGCGGCAUCCUCCUCUACGAGAACAUCUACAUCAGCGUGGGCUUCCUCUGCUGCAUCUCUGUGGACCGCUACCUGGCUGUGGCCCAUCCCUUCCGCUUCCACCAGUUCCGGACCCUGAAGGCGGCCGUCGGCGUCAGCGUGGUCAUCUGGGCCAAGGAGCUGCUGACCAGCAUCUACUUCCUGAUGCACGAGGAGGUCAUCGAGGACGAGGACCAGCACCGCGUGUGCUUUGAGCACUACCCCAUCCAGGCAUGGCAGCGCGCCAUCAACUACUACCGCUUCCUGGUGGGCUUCCUCUUCCCCAUCUGCCUGCUGCUGGCGUCCUAUCAGGGCAUCCUGCGCGCCGUGCGCCGGAGCCACGGCACCCAGAAGAGCCGCAAGGACCAGAUCCAGCGGCUGGUGCUCAGCACCGUGGUCAUCUUCCUGGCCUGCUUCCUGCCCUACCACGUGCUGCUGCUGGUGCGCAGCGUCUGGGAGGCCAGCUGCGACUUCGCCAAGGGCGUCUUCAACGCCUACCACUUCUCCCUCCUGCUCACCAGCUUCAACUGCGUCGCCGACCCGGUGCUCUACUGCUUUGUCAGCGAGACCACUCACCGGGACCUGGCCCGCCUCCGCGGGGCCUGCCUGGCCUUCCUCACCUGCUCUAGGACCGGCCGGGCCCGGGAGGCCUACCCGCUGGGUGCCCCCGAGGCCUCCGGGAAAAGUGGGGCCCAGGGCGAGGAGCCCGAGCUGUUGACCAAGCUCCACCCGGCCUUCCAGACCCCUAACUCGCCAGGGAUGGUAGGGUCUGCCACGGGUGGGUUGGCCUAGCCUGGGUCCCCCGCAGGUGGGGCCCUGUGAGGCCUGAGCCUUCAGCCCAUGGGCCUCAGGGCCGGCCGCCUCCUGCUUCCCCCAGCACCAGUGCCGCUUUCUGCGGAGGCAGCGAGGCCCCGUGACUCCAGAAGUCUGCUGUCCCUUGCUGAGCCCACUGGGACCGCCGAGGGUGGGAAUAAGCCCCCGUUGGCUCAUGGUGUCCUCUGCUGCGGCUGCGAUGUGGCCAGGCUGGGGCUGCUGGUUGGGGGAAGACAGUGAGCUGCGCUCCCUGGCCUGCUUCCCGCAGGGUUUGUGCAUGGGGAGUAUGAGGACUUGGGUGGGAGGCUGGGCGUUCACCUGCCAGGGCCUUCCAAUGCCACCAUUGUCACAGACAAUGCCUGUCCAGGUGUCCUGGUGGGAUCAACGCUGGAGCGCCGCCUACAACAGGGUGGGAAGAGAAAACUGGAUGGGGAAGGAAGGCAGGAGAGGGAAGGAAGGGAGGAGGGGGAAGGAAAGGAAGAAGGGG